AUGGACUUCUCCAGCCUCAAAGACCAGGUCAGCAACCUGACCUUGUAUGACCUCAAAGCUGGUGUUCGCAAAGUGCAGAAUGCCGUUAUGAACUAUACCGAAAUAGAAUCGAAGGUCCGAGAAGCCACAAACAAUGAACCUUGGGGUGCUUCUACCACAUUGAUGCAGGAAAUCGCCAAUGCCACUAAUAGCUACCAAUUGCUCAACGAAAUUAUGCCUAUGAUCUACAAACGUUUCACGGACAAGGCGGCGGAGGAGUGGCGACAGAUUUACAAGGGUCUCCAGCUUCUUGAAUUCCUGAUCAAGAAUGGUUCGGAACGAGUGGUCGACGACGCCAGAUCCCACAUGUCACUUCUGCGGAUGCUCCGGCAAUUCCACUAUAUUGAUCAGAAUGGCAAGGAUCAGGGUAUCAAUGUGCGCAACCGGUCCUCAGAACUGGUGAAGCUGCUGGGCGACGUGGAUCAAAUUCGCACCGAGCGCAAAAAGGCCCGUUCCAAUCGCAACAAGUUCAGUGGAUUCGAAGGUGGCAUGAAUGUCGGCGGGAUGUCUUCUGGUAACUCUGGCCGCUAUGGUGGCUUUGGAAGCGAGACGAUGGGAUACGGUGGAUACAGCGGAGGUGUAUACGGUGAUGGUGGUGGAUUUGGCGGUGCUACAAGUGAAUUCCAGGACACCAGUUCCGGUCAGAAGGGCAACCGAUUCGACGAAUAUGAUGAGUACGAUGAGGGUGAUGCCAGCCCACAGAGACGUGAACCAUCCGCCGCUUCUUCCACUAGCACCAAGCGGGCACCGGCGAAGAAGCCAGAGCCCGCUCCCGCCCCCGUGGCAGACCUGUUCGAUUUCGGUGACGAUGAACCCGUGACAACCACUUCCUCGACUGCUGCUGGCAAGCAGCCCGCUGGAAGUGCUUUGAACAUGCUGGAUAACACCGCCGAUGAUGACGAUUUCGACGACUUCCAGUCCGCGACUCCGGCCCCAGCACCGGCUGCUUCGAACUUCUCCAUUCCAGCCCCCGUCUCUGCAAGCACGACCUCAAACACCCAAUUUGUGGCGCCCCAACCAGUUUCAGCAUCCCAGGGUGCCAAUCUCAACGGCAUUGUAGGCUUCACCUCACCAAUUCCCACCCCGACUCACAGCGCGCUCACCUCUCCUGUUUCGCAGACUGCCUCUAUUCAGCAGCAACAGCUGCCGAAACCAUCGGGCUUCCAAGCGGCUACCCCCAACUACUUCACCUCCGUCUCCAACCAACAAGCCUCGCAACCCUUCUCGCACGCCGCCACUUCCUCCAUCUCUUCCUCCAAGGCUCCCUCCACCACUGCAGCCAAGCCCGCACCCAAGGCUUCUGGAGACGCCUUUGGCUCGCUCUGGUCCACUGCCAGCGCCAGCGCCGGUAUCAGCAAGGCUAACGCCAACGCAAACAAGGGUCCCAACCUCAACAGCAUGGCCAAAGAGAAGGCCAGCGCCGGUAUCUGGGGAGCGCCUGCUUCCUCAUCUCCUGCUCCAUCGCAGCAGCCCAAGCAGUCUGGUAGCUCCGCCUUUGAUGACCUGCUCGGCUGA